UUCGUCACUAAUUCCAAUGUUUUGUGUAUUUAUAGUGUUAGCUGAUAAUAAAAAUGCCGAUAUUGUGGAGAAUAAUCAGACCCACUGUUAAGUGCCUGAGUGCCGUUAACAAAUCUUCCGCUCUUCAUACGAGAGUUUUAUUAUCAAGAACUGCCACAACUAAUGCUGCUGUUGAAGAACCAUUGCCACCUCCUGAAAGAGAUAAUGAAGCCAGAGUGUUUGAACCCAAAAUUGUCAAUCUGGUUGACUCAAUUUCGAGUCUAACCCUUCGGGAAGUUGCGGACUUGAAUGAGCUAUUAAAAUCGACAUUAAAUAUAAAAGACACCCCAAUGAUGGCUGCACAGGUAGCGGCUCCAGCAGCUGCAGCAGAAGCAGAGGAAAAACAAGCAGUUCCAGAGAAAACAGAAUUUGGAGUAAAACUUUUGGAGUUCUCACCUGCAGAUAAAAUAAAACUGAUCAAAGCCAUUAAAGCAGUAAAGGAAAACUUUAACUUGGUUCAGGCGAAAAAAUUUGUUGAGAGUUUGCCACAGAUUGUAAAAGAUGAAGCUUCUAAAGAAGAAGCGGAAGAAAUGAAGAAGAUACUCGAGGAAGCUGGUGGAAAAGUAGACAUUGUGUAAAGAAUUAUUCACAUGCAUACCAUUUUUAUAGUGUCGUGAAAAUCUAAAGUUUCUGCACGAUAAUAUCUCAGCUUUUCGAGUUUGCCAAUUUUGAGUGGGCCUACCUAGUUGGUUUCUAAAAAUAUAACCAUAUGAGCUUCUUAAUUAAAUGUUUGGAUACUUACUAAGUCAAUUCUUGACAGUUCAUUUAAUAACCCAUCAAGUAUGAUAGUUCCUGUGCUUUUUAAGAACUGUAACAUCCAUUUUUCUUCCUAGAA